CGGGGAAUGGGAGCCCGCGCCCCAGCCCGGCCUGGGCUCAGUCCCGCAGACCCACGUUGCACCCCAGUCCCAGGUGCGAAACGGGGGCACUACCUCUUUAAAAGCGUCCGGGCCGAGCCUCCGCCACACCAUGUGAUUGCUUGAAAGGCCGGGCUGGGAGCGCUGCGGCGGGAGCCUGGAGGACGAUGAGCUGCCGCGCGGUGCCCAGAGCCCAGCCCUGCCCGGCGCGGCCCCACAGCUCUGGGCGGCACCAGGUGCCAGGAACUUUGGGUCCCGGCGCUGGGACCCUCUGCUGGCCAGCAGGCAGGAUGGUGAGCUCCCCGCAUCCUGCUCUGUGCGCACGGGUGGACAGUGCCAGGCUUGGGGGACCCCUGAGGGGCAUGCGUGCGCUGGGAGCUGCCUCACACCUGAUAGAAAAGCCAGUGGAGGAGCCAGCGCUGCUAUUUUAAGUUGCAGAACGGAACCGCUGGGGACGAUAAGGGGAGGGGACAGACAUUAGGCAGAAAGGGCCCAAGGACCCCCCUCCAGCCUGGCGGGCGCUGGACUUGCAAGUGGGGCACAUCUCCAAAGGCAGCGGGAGUUCCAGGGCUGCCUGGGCUCCCCCCACCGGCUGGACGGUUUCCCCACCCCAGGCUUCCCGACCACAGGUGCCUGCCUUGUGGGCCUUGGUGCCUGCCUGCUGAUGUGCCCAGCCUGUGCCCACCAUGCCGCCCUCCGUCUCGGCCUUCCAGGCCGCCUACAUUGGCAUCGAGGUGCUCAUCGCACUGGUCUCCGUACCCGGGAACGUGCUGGUGAUCUGGGCAGUGAAAGUGAACCAGGCACUGCGGGAUGCCACCUUCUGCUUCAUCGUGUCGCUGGCGGUGGCUGAUGUGGCAGUGGGCGCCCUGGUCAUCCCCCUGGCCAUCCUCAUCAACAUUGGGCCACAGACCUACUUCCACACCUGCCUUAUGGUCGCCUGCCCCGUCCUCAUCCUCACUCAGAGCUCCAUCCUGGCCCUUCUGGCAAUUGCCGUGGACCGCUACCUCCGCGUCAAGAUCCCUCUCCGGUACAAGACGGUGGUGACCCCGCGGAGGGCCGCGGUUGCCAUUGCUGGCUGCUGGAUCCUCUCCUUCGUGGUGGGGCUGACGCCGAUGUUCGGCUGGAACAAUCUGAGUGUGGUGGAGCGGGAGUGGGCGGCCAACGGCAGUACGGGGGAGCUGGUGAUCAAGUGUGAGUUCGAGAAGGUCAUCAGCAUGGAGUACAUGGUCUACUUCAACUUCUUUGUCUGGGUGCUGCCCCCUCUGCUCCUCAUGGUCCUCAUCUACCUGGAGGUCUUCUACCUGAUCCGCAAGCAGCUCAACAAGAAGGUGUCGGCCUCCUCUGGCGACCCGCAGAAGUACUACGGCAAGGAGCUAAAGAUCGCCAAGUCGUUGGCCCUCAUCCUCUUCCUCUUCGCCCUCAGCUGGCUGCCCCUGCACAUCCUGAACUGCAUCACCCUCUUCUGCCCCUCCUGCCACAAGCCCAGCAUCCUCACCUACAUUGCCAUCUUCCUCACGCACGGCAACUCGGCCAUGAACCCCAUCGUCUAUGCCUUCCGCAUCCAGAAGUUCCGGGUCACGUUCCUGAAGAUCUGGAAUGACCAUUUCCGCUGCCAGCCCACACCCCCGGUUGACGAGGACCUCCCCGAGGAGAGGCCUGAUGACUAGACUGCCUUCUGCUCCCACCAGCCAGAAUCGGCGGGUUGCAGCCCAGCCCUGGGCUCCCACUGUCCCACCGGUCCCCUGAGACUUCCCUAGCUGGACCGUGGGCACCGGAGGCUCUGACGAGAUGCCCACAGAGCAUUGCCCGUCCUCAAGGAGUUCUCAGCGCUGCCUCUCUGGGUCCUGGCUGGGACUUGGGAGGGCAGCUCGUGGGGAAGGGGCCUGGUGCCCUAAGGUGAAAGGGAACGUCCUGGGUCCACCUGCCGACCAUUCGGAGCAUCCCGGCCCUUCAGAGCUGGCCAGGCCCUGGGAGGUGGCCGAGGCUGCGAGGGGCCAUCUGACUGGGGAGAGGAUGCUUGGGCUUCUGCGGUGGGUCUGUGUCCGUCUCAGGGGCUGGUACAGCCCUGGGGCCAAGGUAGCAAGAGGCAAGUAUCCCCUCCAAGGUGGAGGAAAGGGGAAACAGGAACAUCGUGGCCCUGCUUUCUUACCGGUUCUGCAGAAGGUGGGCAGGGCCGGCUGUGGGCAGGGCCAACUAAGGGCAGGGAUGGAGGAGCCUAGUCCCACCUCCAAGGACCUCCUGGGCCAUGCCAGGUGCCUGCUCUCCUUGCCCGCAGCUGCCCAGGAUUGUGCUUAGGAGAAGAGGGAAGAGUGGGUCCAGAAAUCUUUCCCGACACUUUGUUCUCCACCAGCUGAGUGGAGGUUCCUGCCCAGGGGAGCAAGUGUGGUGAGGUAGGAGCUGGCCUCGAGCAGCCAGCAGGCGGCAGCACUGAGCCCUCUGUCUCACCCGGAGCUUCCUGAGGAGGCGCCCAGAGUGUAACUACCUGUCAUCCAAGCUUCCAUUCCCCGGGACCAGUGUAAGGCCUGGACUCUCCUAGGUGACAGUCUUCUGCUGGGCCUGAAGGAGAGGAGAGCCCCAGACACACCAACUAUGGGGGCAUUCUGCCUGCCUGGGGACAGGGUGGGCACAGGAAGGGGUCCUUCCUCGAGGACCCAGUGCUGACACACGCUCCUGGAUGACACAUGGCGGGCUGGAAGAGGCCAGCAGAGAUGCCCUCCUGGGAGCGCCGGGGAAGGUCUCACUGGCAUUUAAAUACCUACAUGUCCUGGUAUUUAGCUGCGUUCUCAGGGGCUUCAGGAGCUCUGCUGCAGACAGGGUCUAGAACUUUGGGAUCUGGGGAAGGACUGACCUACCCCCUGCCAAGUCUGGAGCCCCUUUUACAGAGGUGCAUGGAGGUGGGAGGGAGUGAUGGUGGUUGUCAUGUUGAUGGAUUCUGAUUGCAAAUAUUGACUCCAGGCCUUGACUCCAGGCCCUUCUCUCUGUCGGGGGUGGGGUGAGGUGGAGGUCAUGUCCCCUGGCGCCAAAGGGAGGCCCACGUGACUAAUAAAGACCAGGAACCCUGGA